CCCUUUCAGUACUGCGAAUAUGGCGGUACCGUCAAGAAAUGCCAAGAAUGGUUAGAGAAAAGCCAUCUGGAGCUCUACCAGAGGAUAUGGUCACCUGAAGCCCUCGAAGCCGCAACAGCCUCGCUCUCCGUAGCCGCCCAAGAGCGUGCAGCAAAAGAUGCAGCCAAGAAAGCCGCGAAAGCCGAGGCAGCCGAGCAGAGGCAGGCCGACAAACUGGCCCACAGCGUGGUGACUAUCAAGCGGAUCGAGCGCAACAAGCGCAAGUAUGUCACGGCUGUGAUCGGGCUGGAGGCAUUUGGGCUGGAUUUGAAAAAGGUGGCCAAGGAUUUCGGCAAGAAGUUCGCGACUGGGUCGUCCGUGACCAAGGCGCCCGGUGGUGGGGAGGAGAUUGUGGUGCAAGGCGAUGUUAGCGGCGAGAUCGAAGAGUUUUUGCUGGAGAAGUACAAGGAGAUUCCCGAGGAUAAUAUCGAGCUGGUCGAGGAUAAGAAGAAGAAGACUGCUGGUUAG